UUCAACUGGUGAUUCGGAUUUCGCUGGCCCAUCCACAGUAUCAACCGAGGCCAAAGGAGUUGUCCCUGCUGAAGAUGUCGGAGUCGGAGCUGGGAAGCUGCCAGGUCGAGAUGAUGGACAAAGUGCCAUCUUUGGCCGCGGACCCUCCGCCCGCGACCAGACCCUUCGGACGCAAGUGCCAAGCGCGUCUCUGGGAAGCCGCGCGCUAUGCGGUCGGCUACCCUCCAGCAAUGCACAGUGCUCUGCAAAGCAUGAGCCUUGAUCGAUGUUGGCAGGGAUUCUGGAGGCCCUGGGGCGAUGGUGCCAAGGCGCAGGUGCCCACGCCCAAACUUCCAUCAGCUCUGGCCCCGCUGCUUUCGGACGAGACUUUCGCCGCCUGGUCGUGUCGCAUUUCGCCGCCCAAUGCGGAGCUACGGCUGCACCAAGCUGAGGGCAGUGAUGGAUCGCUGCUGUGGCAAGUGGAGGGUCGGCAGCAGGUGUUGCUUCUGGAGACUCCGCCAGCCAAAGCCUUCAAAGCUAAAGGCUCCUCGCUGCUGAAGCAGGGUCAAACCGUCUACAGUCCUUGGGAGGACUUGGAGCUGAAGGACCCUUUCUCGGUGGUGCUUUCAGCAGGGGAGGUUUUGUGCGUGCCAAAGGGCUGGUGGUGUUCGAGCCGAUGUCUCUCAGCCUCUGUGUGCUUGUCUGCAGCGCUUGGGGCACUCCCAGAAGCAGAGACCUUGAAGGACUUUCCUCAGGAGUGGACGCAACAUGCCCAGGAGUUGCUGGCACGUUGUGAAAGAUCCAGUGGAGCACCCGUAAAGCAUGUUCUCGUUGAAGGGCGCACUGUCCAUGGGGCUUCAAGUCGAAAGCAACGCUGCAACGCCGUGUGCCAUGUGCAGCUCUUUGUUGGCAGGCGAUGCUGUCGCAGUUCACGGGCCACCGGUGGUCCGGAGGUGUGCUUUCUGGGAGCAUCAAGGGACGGCGACCUUGGCCCCAUGGAAGACAUCCUGCGUUCGAUGCGUUUGUCCGAGCGGUGCCUGGUCGCCCUGGGUGCCCCCGAGGUGAAACUUCUUGACAUCGAACUGCUUGAGGUUCUUCUUCCUGAAGCUGAAGUUCCAGGGCAGGAUUUCUUCCAACGUUACAUGCGCGCCUGGUGGACCUGGUUUCAGGACCCUUCAGAGUGGCAGCCUCUUCCCACCACGCGUCGGAGCACGGAGCGUGCCAACGUCCUUGGCAGCACGGACGUUGCGACGCAAGACGGUGUCGACUUGCCGCGAUGCCACCGCUGCGGCGCUGUCCAAGCGCCCGCACGUUGCAGCGGUUGCGCAUUGGUGUCCUAUUGUUCCAAGUCCUGCCAGCGUGAGGAUUGGUCAUACCAUCGCCAUGUCUGCGUUCAAAAA